UUUUAGACAAAUAUAUGCUUGUCCUUUUCCCCCUUUUCUUCUUAGAUUUUGCGUUGGGGCAUCAUUAGUAGGUAUUUCUCUUUCACCUCGAUUUCUUUUGGGGGGGCUGCAACCCUUCACACCCACAUCCCAUCCCCCUUUUCCAGACCCUGCUUGGGGGCCCCUACCACUGACUCCGUUGACGUCAACCCCGUGCCUUGGCGCCAAGCUGUUGCCUUGACAACCGCAGUCGGAUUGGCAGGGUGUGGGAGGCGUGGCGAGGGCCCGAGGCGGGCACCAGGGGCUCGGAUUGGUCAGAGGAGAAGCUCCGCCUCUGCAGUGGACCCUGACAAGGAGGUGUCCCGCAGCCCUUGCUGCAGACGCUGGGGAGUCAAGAGUCGCGGGAGGACGAGCAUCGGAGGAGAAGCAGAGAGAUGUCCACCCUGGGCUGGUGGCGCCGCUGGGCGCCCGGUUCAGUGUGGGCGCACUAGACGGCCGACCUCGGUCGGGCUGUGUGCGCAGAGUGCGGUGCACCGGGAAGCUCUACCUUCUUGAUCUUCUAUCCUUCUUGGAGACAACUGGCGAGAGGAAGACUGACUAGGUCCUCCAACAGCUAGGCGGCUGGUCCAGGCAGACCCUCACGGCAAGAGGAGAUCAGCCAGCCAGCCCUGAAAAGCUCAAGCCCUCGGGUGUGAGCAAAGUAGACAACUGUGAAAAACUCACCACUCCACUGGAGAAUUACAAGAUGUACCACCAGGAAGACGACACCAACAGUGACAUGACCAGUGACGACGACAUGAGCCGGACUGGGAGAGAAACCCCACCACCUCGAUCGUCCCAUUCUUUCAGCAGUGACCGAGACCAGGAGCGCAGGGGCAGGAGCAGAGAAGUCGAGCCUCGAGACCGCUGGGCAUACACCAGGAAUCCCAGAAGCAGGCUGCCUCAACGGGAUCUUUCCCUUCCUGUGAUGUCAAGACCCCAUUUUGGACUGGAGAGAGAUAAUGACAGACGUUCCUUGGAUUAUGAGUCUCGAUCUGAGGAUGCUGAGUCAUACCAGAAUGUUGUGGACCGCAAAGAGGACAAGAAGCCUCAGAAUCCAAUUCAGGACAACCUGGAGAACUACAGAAAGCUGCUCUCACUGGGAGUACAGCUUGCCGAAGACGACCGACACUCUCACAUGACACAAGGUCACUCUUCGAGACCCAAGAGAAGUGCCUACCCAAGCACCAGCCGAGGUCUGAAACCCAUGCCUGAAGCCAAAAAGCCAGCGCACCGACGCGGAAUCUGCGAGGAUGAAUCUUCUCACGGAGUGAUAAUGGAAAAAUUCAUCAAGGAUGUGUCACGCAGCUCCAAAUCCGGAAGAGCCAGGGAGCUGAACGAGCGUCCUCCUCCGAGGUUCCCCAGGCCCAGCGACAACUGGAAGGACAGCUCCUCAACCAAAAGAGAGUCAGUGGCCCAGGAGAGGGCUCCCGAAGGGCCCACGUUCAGGGGGGGUUUCAGGGUCAACACAGAGCUGCUCUCCAGGAGCCGGGCUCUAGAAAGGAAGAGGCGCUACCACUUCGAUUCUGAUGAGAAGGGUUCAGGCCAUGAGCAUAAGAGCUGUGUGAGGAAGAAGCCCUUUGAGUGUGGUAGUGAGGUGAGACAGGCUAUGAGCAUGGGUAGCCUCAACUGCGCGCCCCCCUACUCUGAUGCUCAGCCAGCUGAUUUGGGGGCAGACCCAUACGUGUGUGAUGAGUGUGGCAGGACAUUCAGUGUCAUCUCUGAGUUUGUCGAGCACCAGAUCAUGCACACCAGGGAGAACCUCUAUGAGUACGGAGAAUCCUUUAUCCACAGUGUAGCUGUCAAUGAAGUGCAGAAAGGUCAGGGAGGGAAACGCUUUGAGUGUAAGGAAUGCGGGGAAACCUUCAGCAGGAGCGCUGCCCUGGCAGAGCAUCGCCAAAUCCAUGCUAGAGAGUACCUCGCCGAAUGCAGAGGUCAGGGUGAUGAGGACACCAUCAUGCCUAGCCCGACCUUCAGUGAGCUGCAGAAGAUGUACGGCAAAGACAAGUUCUAUGAGUGCAAGGUGUGCAAGGAGACCUUUCUGCACAGCUCCGCCCUGAUCGAGCACCAGAAAAUCCACGGCAGAGGCAACCCAGGAGAUGACAGAGAAAACGAGCGCGAGCGCGAACGCGAGCGCAUGCGUGCACGCGCACGGGAGCAGCGGGAACGGGAACGCGAGCGUGAGCGCGAGCGGGAGCGGGAGCUCGGAGAACCCUUUCUGACCUGCCCCAACUUCAAUGAGUUUCGGGAAAUGUACCGGAAAGACAAGAUCUACGAGUGCAGGGUGUGCGGGGAAAGCUUCCUCCACCUCUCCUCCCUGAGGGAGCAUCAGAAGAUCCACACCAGAGGAAACCCAUUUGAAAAUAAGAGCAGGGUGUGCGAAGAGACCUUCGUCCCCAGUCAGUCCCUCAAGAGGCGCCAGAAAACUUUCCGGGAGAAGCUGCUCGAGUUUAGCAAUGCCAGAAAUGCAUUGAUGGAAAACACAGGCCCCGGUGACCACCAGAAAAAUCGUUCUCGAAAGAAUUUCUUUGAAGUCAGGGGAUUUGAGAAGCCCUUUGCUGAAUCUCAGAAGAGUCACACAAUAACAAGACCACCUGGAAACAAAGAUGACGACAAGCCGUUCACCAUCAGCACCAACCCUAAUGACAAGCCGAAAUUCCCCACCAUGGAAAAUGGAAGCCAGGGGAAACCUUACCAGAGGUCCGUCAUUCACAGCUUGGGCCCUGCAGAAGUUCAGAAGAGUCGUGGGGCGCUCUUCACUAAACCCAAACCACUGGUAGAGUCUAGCACCCAGACCUCGGGUAUCUUUAACCACCGCAGAGUCCUGUCUGGACUCUAUGAAGGAAAGGAAUACAAGGGAUCCAUCAUCCACAGCUUGCCUGCUCCUCGCCCUCUGAAACGUCACAGAACAAAUAACCAGAUUGGAUGCAAUGAGGAGGGAGAGUCCUCCAUUUUCAUCUCAGAUCUUAACAAUAAACGUCGGAAGAUUCCUACCGGAGAAAACACUUACGAAGGAAGUACCAGCAACAGCCACAAAGAUCCCAUCCUCCCGAUUAUCCCUCGGGCUGAGCCUCCAAGUCUUUCGGGAGAAUCCCGUGAUGUCACAUUUUCAGUUCCCAGCUCAAGUGUUCGUGAACACCAGAAAGCUCGUGCCAAAAAGAAGUACAUUGAGGCCAGGAACAACGAGACCUCUGUAAUUCACUCCCUGGGGCCUUUUGGCGACCUGCAAGCAAUUCGCCGCAGAGCCAAGAUCUUUGAGUGCCAGGAAUGUGGGGAGGCCUUUGCUCGUAGGUCUGAGCUCAUUGAGCACCAGAAGAUUCACGACAGAGAGCGGCCCUCCGGAAGCCGGCAUUAUGAGCGAUCUGUCAUCCGCAGCCUGGCCCCUAGCGACCCUCAGACCAGUUAUGCCCAAGAACGUUUCAUUCAAGAGCAAGUGCGCAAAUUCAGAGAGUUUGGUCAGCGCUCUGCUACCAGCAACAGCCUCACUGUACAGAAAAUCUAUACCCAAGAGAAAUAUUAUGCCGAGGAGCCUCAUGCUAAAGAAACUCAUGGCCAGAAGAUUCAUGACAAAGAGCCCAAGGGUAAGGAGCCCCAUGGCCAGGAGCCCCAUGGCGAUGAGCCCCAGGACAAGGAACCCGUUGAUCAGGAGAUGCACAGUGAAGAGACCCAUGGUGAUAAGCCCAAUGGCCAGGAGCCUCACGGCGAUGAGCCCCAUGACAACCAACCCAUCGAUCAGGAGAUGCGCAGCGAAGAGCCUCACGGUGACGAGCCCCAAGGUGAGGAGUCCCAAGGCCAGGCGAAAGUCGAAGACAUCACCACUCAGGCCUCAAGUCCCGAUGAGCACCGGAAAGAUGACGUCAGCGACACAAUCCACGAAUGCCAGGAUUGUGGCCUGGGCUUCUCCGACCUCACAGACCUCACCAGCCACCGGGAUGUCCACAGCCACAAGUCUCUGGUUGACAGUCGCGAAUACGCACACUCGGAGGUUCAUGUCCACUCCGUCAGUGAAUUUGAGAAAAAAUACUCGGGAGAGAAGCUGUACGAAUGUCCCAAGUGCGGGGAGUCUUUCAUUCACAGCUCGCUGCUUUUCGAGCACCAGCGCAUCCACGAACAAGACCAGCAGUCCUCAGCAAAGACCUGUGACGACGGCUUCGUCGCUGUCUUACCCGCGAGGCCAAGGAGGAACCGCGCCACUGAGGUGAAUCCCGCCGUGGCUGGCUCAGCCAUUCGAUGCCGUCAGUGUGGGCAAGGCUUCAUUCACAGUUCUGCCCUAAAUGAGCACAUGCGACAGCACCGUGACGACGAAGCAAUGGAGCAGGGCGAGUUGGCAGAGGAGAUCUUCAUUCAGGGCCUGGCCCUCACCGAGUACCAGGGAAGCGAGACCGAGGAGAAGCUCUUCGAGUGCACCAUCUGCGGGGAAUGCUUCUUCACUGCCAAACAGCUCGGGGACCACCACACCAAAGUUCACAAGGAUGAGCCCUACGAGUAUGGGCCUUCCUACACCCAUGCCUCCUUUCUCACCGAGCCUCUCAGGAAGCACAUCCCACUGUACGAGUGCAAAGAUUGCGGGCAGCCCUUCCUCGACGACACAGUCCUCACCGAGCGCAUGGUGUUUCACCCAGAGCGAGAGGGGGGAUCAGACAUAGUAGCCGCCACCGCCCAAGAGGUCGAAGCCAAUGUCCUCAUUCCACAAGAAGUACUGAGGAUCCAGGGGUCGAAUGCAGAAGCUGCUGAGCCCGAGGUGGAGGCCGCGGAGCCCGAGGUGGAGGCCGCGGAGCCGGAGGUGGAGGCCGCGGAGCCUAACGGAGAGGCCGAGGGACCAGAUGGAGAAGCCGCUGAGCCAGACGGAGAAGCUGAGCAGCCCAAUGGAGAGGCGGAGCAGCCAAACGGCGAUGCCGAUGAGCCCGACGGAGCCGGGAUCGAAGACCCCGAAGAGAGAGCCGACGAGCCCGAGGAAGAAGUUGAAGAGCCAGAGGGAGACGCGGAUGAGCCGGAUGGUGCAGACAUCGAAGACCCAGAAGAGGAAGGGGAAGACCAGGAGAUUGAGGUCGAAGAACCAUACUACCACUGCCACGAGUGCACAGAGACCUUCGCUUCCAGUGCAGCGUUUGGCGAACACCUGAAAAGCCACGCCAGCGUGAUCAUCUUCGAGCCAGCCAACCCUCUCGGAGAGUCCUCCGGCUACAUUGAACGUGCCAGCACCAGCGCAGGCGGCGCCGAGCAGGCCGAUGACAAGUACUUCAAAUGCGACGUGUGCGGGCAGCUCUUCCACGACCGCCUCUCCCUUGCCAGACACCAGAAUUCUCACACUGGCUGAGAAUCCAGGCCAAGGAAAAACAACAAAACAAAAACAGGACAAAAACCAAACCUUCCUCCCAGAACCAGACCCUUAAUAAAUCACAGAGAGAGCCUACACCAACCCACAAUGUUAAUAGAAAUCCACCUUGCUAUACUCACGCCGGACUUCUCAUCGGAUCGC